AUGGAAGAACCAACAGAGGAAGCUCCUCAUCAGAUCAUUGAUACUCUGGAAGAUAUUGAAGCAUAUGAAGAAGAUGAACCGGACUUUUAUAAAUUUGGACAUGAUGAAAAUGGAGACCUACACAAAGUCUCAGAGCAACUAGGCAACCCACAAAUGUUCGAAGAAAUCCCUGAAUUCUUUGUAGACGGAAAUGAAGAAAGAAUCCAGAAAAACGGGACUGCAAAAUUUCAGAAUUUAGAACAAUUUUUGAAAGAUGGUGAAGGCGAUAUAGAGCUGACCUCUAAUGAAGAAAAUCAAGACCCAAGGGAGAUUUCAAAGUCUUCUCAUGAGAACCCCUUGAGCGAGUCUUGAGAUGAUUUUGGAACGAAUGAGAUAAGAGACACAGUAGUUUCGAUCACGAAAAUUCCGAAAAUACCUAUUGAAAAAGUCCAAUCAAGGAACAAUGCUAACUCAGGAUUCAUUGUGAACAGGAUGGUCAGUGAUAUAUCUCCUUCAUACGAUCCCAAUGUUAAUAUCAACCAUCCAUUUGAAAAUAUUGGAGAAAAGAGUGAUUCAGAUAUUUUCUCAACUGCAAAAUCAAUCGAAUUUCACUCAAGCAGAAUUGGAAUGAGAGGGAAUGGGAAUACAUCUGCUCGAAGGGAAUCAGAUAUUAGUCAACCUUUCAACAGAUCAAGACCCAAUGAGCACGACGAUGAAUUGCUCAUAGAAUCUCUGAUGAGAAAUGCAUCUCAGCUACAACAUGUUAUGAAAGAUUACAUGGGUUCUGAAAGAAAUGAUGAUAUCACAGAACGAGAAGAUAGGCAUGAGCUGAAAGAAGAAAUAUCUAAUAUGCGUGAUAAAAUUUAUAGAGCACUUGAAGAGUACAAGGAUCAAGUAGAAAAAUGCAUCUACAAGGCUGAGUUCAUUGAAGAAACCAUGAAGACUGAUCUAAAGAUCCAGAAGGAGGAAAUUGACAGCUUCAGUAAAAUCCAAAACUCUCAAACUGACUCUGUGAUGCAUCUGAAUAACUUCGAAGAAUUUCUUGAAGUAAAAUCUUUAGAAGUAGAAAACCUGGAGUCUCAAAUCUUCAACAAAGACAGUGAAACAGAGCUUCUUAAGAAGAAAUACACAGAUCUGUACAAGAAGUAUGAAUUAAUGAUUAAGUCGAUGUCUGAGAAGAUCAAGAUAAGCAAUGAUGAGUACUCUGAGCUCCUACAAAUUAAAAAGGACUUAAAAUCCACCCUUUCCAAGGCCCAAGAAAAGGUGAAUUACAAGCAAGCCCAAGUUGACGAAGAGAACAAAUAAUAUCCAAGAAGAGCUAAAGAGAAUAGAUGAGUACAACAAGAAGGUUGAGGAAUGUGAGAGACUCAAAGCUGAAAACUCUGAAAAAUCCAAGGUUACUAAAGACAUAGAGGAAAACAACAUUCAGAUUGAGGACCAAAUAAAACUCAUCCUUCAGAUGAACUUUGACCAAACACAGAAUUUUGAUAACCUUAUUGUUGAGAACAAGAAAUUUUUAGAUGAAAUGAGGAAAAUAGCAUUCCAAAAGAGAAAGGAGGUCUACAGUAGCCUUGAUUUAUUAAUAAGAAAACAUUUGAAUGCAGCUAAUGCCAAAGGAGUCCUUGGUCACAAAUACAUCACCAAUGCUAUUUCAGAACAGAAGGAGCAAAAACAAGCACUCCAAAAGCAAAUUUGCAAACUUGAAAAGACGAUUUCAAGCAAAAGAGAAGAAAUUAAAGAUGACAAGAUUUACAAGGAAAAGCUCAAAGCAAGCCUUUCUUCUAAAAUAAAGAACCAACUUAUCAUAAUCGGGUGCCUCAUAGUUGUCCUACUGUAUGUAUUUUAUCAUAAAAAUAUCUAAAAAU